AUGAUAUCUAUAGGAAGUGUAACAUUAUACACAGCUAUUAGGGGUUUCUUUCGUAGAAGUAUUCAGAAGCAGAUCGAGUACCGUUGCCUUCGCGACGGAAAGUGCCUGGUCAUCCGCCUUAAUAGAAACCGGUGCCAGUACUGCCGGUUUAAAAAGUGUCUCGCGGUUGGCAUGAGCCGUGACUCUGUAAGGUACGGCAGAAUCCCGAAGCGACGUGACGUGACUACACCAGAGAGUAUGGCCGAUCUUGCAAAGAACCUGUCGAACACCGAGCCCGCGCCAUCCGCCGCUGCGCAGCCCGUGCAAGAGCAAGACGCUGACGCGAUGGAGGAGUCUAAGGACGUCGCAAAAAUGGUCAUUCUGGCGCACCGCAAUUUGAAUUCGUACACUGAGGACUUCCGCAGGUCACUUCAGUUGCAGACGUUCAUCGUGAAAGUUGAUGAUAAUCGUGAAGGGCAAGCUGGAAGUAGUGGCAGCAAUGCCAGUACCAGCAACGCCAGCGCUGCUAACACCGCCAACGCUGCUAACGCCGCCAACGCCGAAAACGCCGCAAACGCUGCAAACGCCGCAGUUGCUUCAAGCAGCGUGGAGCCAACUGCCAAAUUGGAAGCUGCAGCUGACGACGGCAGCGCCGCCGCCGCCAGUCGCCUCGAAACCCUUACAGUCCUCUGGUCCAACGUCGCCUACCGCAUGACCCCUGCUGUCCAACAAGUUGUCGAAUUCGCAAAACGCUUACCAGGCUUUCAUAUCCUGCCGCAAGAUGACCAGCUUAUUCUGAUCAAGCUUGGAUUCUUCGAGGUAUGGCUGACCCGUGCCACUCGCAUCUCUAAUCCGACGGCGAUUGUCUUCGAUGACGGUACUUCGCUGAACCAUCGCCAACUCGAGUCAAUGUAUGAUACUUCCUUCGCGACCGGAAUACUGUCGUAUGUUCGAGCAGUGAUCAAUUUGGAGAUGACAGACGACGAGGCUGCAAUCUUUACUGCCUGUCUGCUCGUCUCACCAGAACGCAAUGGUCUCAGCGACCGCGAACUAGUCGAAUCACUCUUGCGCAGCGUUAACGAAGCCUUCAUGUAUGUGAUGACUGAGAAUGGAACAGCUAACGCCGCCAGUCGUCUGGAGUCAUUCAAUGCACUCGCACAAGAAGUACGCGUGCUUGGUGAUCGCCACCACAAUCUACUCGGUUGGUGCCGUGGCAACUGGCGUCGACUUGAUCUGCCUGCUCUCUUUUCGGAAAUCUUCGACAUACCGAAGAACGAAGAGGAGUACGCACCAGACCAUGCUGGCCCCGCUUAA